AUGUCUAAACGGGUCCAGGACUCCUACAACGUUCCUUCUACGGAGAAACUGGACACAGAAAUUACAGAAAAGAACCCUAAAACCACUGAUGUGGACGGCGAAUACGUGCAGGCUGAGGGACGGUUGAAACAGAACUCCGCAGCCUCUUGGCUCGGACAGGGAACGAACGGGGAAGCGGGAUGCCGGUUACUGGCCCUUUGCCAGCGGGGUGAUUGGCUUGGUGUGGACGGCUUGCUGAAACGUGUGAACAAAGAUGAUAUACCUCCUGAUCUAGCUGAUGAGAAAACCGGAUAUACACCUCUUAUGUACGCUGUUAAGGAAAAUCGUGUCGUCUUUGUGGAGAGAUUUUUGGAAUUGGGUCUAAACGUCAAUGCUCGAACCAAGGAUGGAUUGACAGCUCUUCACCUAGCGGCAAUCCAGACUAGAGAAACAAUAAUCCACUUGCUGUUGAAUAAACGAGCAGACCCUACAAUAAUUGGAGGGGCAAAAGAUCAGUUACCGAUUCAUAUCUUAUGUGGACGACCAACUGGAGCAGCGAUCACCCCUCUUCAAAUGCUACUUCGCUCUUCCAGCAAAAAUAUGAGAUUGUGGCUUGACAAGGAUGGAAACAUACCUUUUCUCCUGGCUGUGGAAUCUGGAAAUCAUGGUGUUUGUCGAGAACUUAUGAGUUCCGAAGCACGAGAACAGUUAUCUUUUCGACGUCAAAAAACUGGUGACAUCGCAUUACAUAUUGCAACAAGACGACAUGAUGUCGACCUCGUGCGAUAUCUGCUGGAAAGUGGCUCGCCAGACGGCAGCACAUUAUUACACAUAGCCUCAGCAGCAGGACAUCCUGAAACAGCUAUGAUUUUCAUGAAAAAAGGUGUCCCUCUUCACAUGUCUAAUAAGGCUGGUGCUAAGUGUAUUCAUACUGCCGCUCAGAAAGGCUAUGUGAAUGUGGUACGAACUUUAAUACAGAAAGGAGAAAAUGUGGACGUCACGACUAAU